CUCUUUUCCGAUCGUUGACUGAAUCGAUCAAAUGGUCUUGCAACGUGCCUUGAAUUCGUCUAAUAUGAAAAAAAAAUUAAAUUAAAUUAAUUUCCUCAGAUAUCGAGAGAAUAAUUAACCCACGAGAGAGUUGCCUCGGAGAAAGACGCGAGACGUCGCGCGAAUUAUUGUAUUAUGUUAUCAAAAAUCGCAGGCACAAUUGCAUUUCCGUGAUGCGAUGUAUGCGCGAGUUCGCGCAAUCGGCGGAUGUAACAAGAGUCAAGGAUUACAUACGCACGUUUCGCCAAGCCAGCGCACGAUGCUGGUCGCAUAUGCGCAGCUGCGCCCGAGGUUGACGCUUCGUCUCUCUGUUGACCGCGCGAUGAGACGCAGUCCGAGCGUUGGUCCAAUGGUAAACGCAAAUGUAACAUCCUCGCGUAUCAUGUUACUUAUUGAAGAUGAGCAAGAUAUAUUAAUCACGGAAACAAUUAUUGCGAACGAAUCUUGCGCAUGAGAAGCGUUGUAGUUUUUCCACAUGAUUGCUUGUUCGUUUUUUCUCGCGGGAUCAAGUUCUUGGUAAAUAAUGGGAGUGUACGGUUUGUGGAGACUGAUCGAUGCGUCCGGCAAGCCGGUGCCUCUGGAGACACUGGAAGGCAAAGUUUUGGCGAUUGAUAUAUCGAUAUGGAUGUAUCAGGUGUUGCAAGGAUACCAGGAUCGUCACGGUGCCCCCAGACCCAACGCCCACUUGCUCGGACUGUUCGUUAGAAUAUGCAAGCUUCUGUAUUACAGGAUCAAGCCUGUUUUUGUUUUUGACGGAGGUGUGCCUGUGCUCAAGAAAAACACAAUCGCCUUGCGCAGGAAGCAGAAAUCUAUUGCCUCGAGUAAGGCGCAGAAGAUGAAGACCGACUUGAUAAACAACUUGAUAAAGCACAGCGUCGUGAAAACCGUUCUUAACAAGGAUCCCGGGACGGAUCAGAACGGCGGGGCGACGAAAAUAAUGAUAAACUUGCAAACUAAACGCGCCGACGAAGAUAUGUUUGUUCUGCCUGAUAUGUCGAGCGCCAGCAAUGCGCAGACUUACAUUAGCGACGACGAGUGCGAUUCUGACGCGUCUGUCGAGCUGAGUCCGCGGAAGCAAUCAAAGUGGAUGGGAAAUAUUCACUCUGUUGACGUCACCAGCAACGAGUUUAAAGCGUUACCUGCGGACGUGCGUUAUGACAUACUCACCGAUCUCAAGGAAACGAGAAAACAAAAUUCCUGGGGCCGUUUGCACGAAAUGCCCCAAGAAUCGCAAGAUUUCUCAGGCUUCCAACUCAAACGUUUGCUCAAGCGCAGAUACGUACAAGAGUCUUUGGAAUCCGCUGAAAAGGAAAUGGGCGGAAAAACACUGACCUUGGAGGAAUUAGAGAAGCUGCUGAUCGAACAAGGCGUUAAUACAAAGGGAAGAGACACGGCUUUUCGGAUAGCCGCGGAUAGUACUACUAGAUUGAUUUACAUCAGUGAUAAAAAUGCACUAGCAAAAAGUUCGGCUGAUAACAAAUCAGAAACGGAUGAAGAUGAAAUUUCACAGACGGAUAAAGAUGAAAUUGCACAGAACGAUACAGAUGAAAUCUUACAAGAUGACGUAGUCUUACGAGAUGCUGAAGUCACGCAGAACGCAAAUAAAGAAAUCGAACCUGUCGCUGGUCCAAGUAAAUCCCCACCGAUUGUCGAGGACAUGAAUGCGUACAGUUUAAAUGACGAAUCCGAUGACGACGCUUAUGUGUCGAUUCGCAAUGCUUCUUCGUCCAUCUCGGAUAACUUGAACGAAUAUACGUUCGAGAGCGAUUUGGAAUCUGAAAACGAUGCGAACGAAUCGUUAGCGCUGUUAGCGAAGAAGUACUUGGGCAAAAGCAAAACGAAUCCCGCGUUAACGUACAUGUUGGAGUACAGCGGUUUGUCUCAGAGGCAGAUCGUAGAUCUUAUUAAACACAACAAGAACGAAAACUGCAAUACCGCGAGCAAAAGUGCAAAAAAGCCCGAGAAAAACGAUCGCUUCGAAAAUUUGACAGAAAGUGUUAACUCGACUGAUGAGAAACCGAAAUUGAAUUGUGAGAAAACUCCAAAAUCCGUGCGGAUCGCGCAAGAAGCACACGUAGCUGACACAAAUGUCGAAUUAAUUCCGUCUAGUCCGGAAUCGAGUAAUUUUGUCGAAAGUGAUCCGACGCGGAAAGAUCGUGAGUCAUGUGUCACUGUGGCGUCUACCAGCGUAAGCUCGGAUAGUGGAAUAAUACUCGAAAAACAGUCUCCUGUUACAAAAUCCAAUGACGUAACGCGGAUAGAUACGUCGGACUCUGACUCCGACGAUUUCAUAGAGAUCCAAGAUGUGCCGUUACCCAUCGUGAACAUGUCGAGAAAUAUCGCGAGAAAAAAUAUCGAAAUAACUUUCAAAACUGACGAGAAAAUAGAAGACGAUAUGUUUGCCGAUGUGUUCGAGAAAGCGGAUAAAAACGAAGUCGGGCCAGCGAAUCGCGUAGAACAAACGCAGUCGUCCGUCAGCACAAACGUUGAUCAUCAUCAAGCACAAGUGAUCAUCGGCACAAAUGUGCAUCAUCAGGCACAAGUAAUUUCUGAAAAUAAUGAUAUUGUCAAGAGCAACGUACUGUACACCAUACCGGAAGAAUCGAUUGAAGAGGAAACGAAAACUGAAACUCGGGAAAACAUUCAGCCAACGGAGAAUAAUACAUCGACCGAUGGGAAUAAAGUACACGAUUCUCAAAGCUCGAACGAAACAAUAGAGCAGAAUGAUAUAGAUUUUCUUCCUCAAGUCAGUCCCGUUAACGAGCGUACGCGAGAGAAAUCGCCAGUAUUGCCUACCAAUGAAGAAGAUUUGAUAGAAUUGAAGGAACAAUUGGAAGACGAACAGGAAGAACUCGCUAGAAGUCUUGGCAAAUUUGAAAGACAAGCUACUAACAUUUCCGAUCAAAUUAGAAACGAGGCCCAGGAGCUAUUGCGUUUGUUCGGUAUACCGUACGUGGUAGCGCCUAUGGAAGCGGAAGCACAGUGCGCGUACUUGGAGCAAAUUAAGUUAACGGACGGCACGAUUACGGACGACUCCGAUAUCUGGUUAUUCGGAGGCGAGUGCGUGUACAAAAAUUUUUUUAACAACAACAAGAGAGUGAUGCAAUUUCGCGCCUGUGAUAUACAACAUCAUUUCAAACUCACUCGCAAUCAAUUGAUACAACUGGCCCUUUUGAUCGGCAGUGAUUACACCAUCGGGGUGCCCGGCAUCGGACCGGUUACCGCGCUGGAAAUACUGGCCGCGUUUCCCGCCGAAGGAGAGAACGUGUUGCACGGAUUGCACAGUUUUUCCUCGUGGAUUAAAAAAGGCAAAAUCGCGGCUCCCGGAAAAACGGGUCUUCGCAAUAAAUUGCGAAAUGUGAAAUUGAACAGAGAUUUCCCUAGUCAAGCGGUUGUUCAAGCGUACCUUUUUCCCACGGUCGAUGAAUCGAAGGAUACUUUUACUUGGGGCAAACCGAACGUCGUGCUUCUGUGCGACUACACCAGACAGAAAUUCGGAUGGACGAAGGGCAAAUUCGACGACACGAUGAUACCGGUACUUAGGAGAAUGGAGGAGAACAGGAAUCAGAAGUUGCUGGACAUGUAUUUCAAAGCGAAGACAUCGCCACGGUCCAUCGAGCCGACUCUGAGCAAGAGAGUUCAGAAAGCUCUGCGCAAAUUACACGGCGGUCAUGUAGAUGAUGAAAAUGCGGACGAUAAGCCACGAUCUAAAAAACGUAAGACAAGCGAUAAGGAUAUUGAUAAGGAAGAGACCGCAGCAAAAUCCGUAACAUUGAUUGAUGAAUCCAAAAAAGUGAAUGAUACCGAAACGGUAAUCGAUAUGUCUAACUUGCCUGUCAAGACGAGUACUGCUCUUGACAAACCUGUUGUUCAGCAAAUAUACACCAAAGAGUACAUACCGCAACGAGAAAAGAGCAAGGCAUGCGCGUUAGAAAAAAAAUUGCACGCUAUAGAAGUAUUCAGAAAAUCGAAGCAAGGCCUAGGCAAAACAAAGAAAGUGAAACGCACUGUACGAAAAAUCAAGAAAGAGGCAGAAUUAUCCGAAAGCGAUAGCGACUAGAUUCAUUUGAUAAAAAAAAAAAAAGAUAUUUAAUCUUUCGAAUGUUAUUUGUUACUUUGUCAC